AUGGGGUCCUACUAUGAAGAGGUCAGCAUGGACUCGUUUGGGGAGUCUGGAGAACAGAGCUGGAGGAGCCCGAACGCUGGGACCGGUGGUCUCUCUUCUGAUAGGGAGACGGGGCAGGACACCAGCGAGGACGGCGACUCUGGGUGGUGGGGUGGAGCACGGAAGCGGCAAUCGUGGGACGGCUGGCGCGAAGAUGGCACUCAGGAGAAGAACACCCCGGAGACUUGGGACAGCUGGGGGCAGAAGGACCGAGGAAAUGACAGCUGGAGCUCGAGGCCUGGUCAUCGACGUCGAGGUGACUGGGACGAGAACUGGUCCUGGAAGACACUUUCCGAGGCCGGCGAGGAGAAAGAAUGGACAACCUUGAGCACCAGCUCACGGCGCAGGCUCUUCGGUGACAAGGAGACGAGCGAGUACUUUGACGACCGCGAGCACGAGGAGCAGGAGGACGACAAGGGCAAGGCGAAGGUCGCUGGAGAAGGGAAGCGGGGUGGGAAAAUUUCCACCACGUAUCCCCCCCCGUUUCGCGCCAGGCCACAGGAAAGCUACCACGAACGGAAGAGGAUCGUUGAGUUCUGGAUUGGGGGAGAAGGAGAGCAGCUUCCCCCAGAAAUCAUAGGACCACGGAUGAUGGUUCAGUUGAAGGACCGGGCGGCCCAGCUUGUGAAGCACUUGUCCAUGAAGGAUGUGAAUGGCUGCGACGGGAAGGAGAAGAUCUUCCGGGCUUUGGAGAGAGCUCCGAUUAUUCGGCAGCUGGAUAAGCAUCGAGUGGACGAGCACCGGAAGCGACUACUUCGGCUGUGCAGGGCUCCUGGUGAAUCCAUGGAGUCGUAUGUGACGCGGGCUGGGAUUUACCGGAGCCACUUGGUGGGACUGGACCAGUCCCUCUCGAUGGGCGAGGCUUUCUACGUGGGGCACUUGCUGGACCACGCGCGUCUGACUCGACGCGACCGGGCGAUGAUUAAGACCCGAGCCGGCACGGACAUGAACGAGGAGUUGGUAGGAGUGGUUGUUGCAAAGGCAUUCGGAGCGCCGUGUCCGCCCCGGGUGUCCGGACAGCCUCGGGGAACGUUUGCAGCUGAGCUGGAGAUGGAGCCGGGGCUGGAAGAGGAUGUCUCGGGCGAGGAAGGCGAAGUGAAGAAGAUGAAGUUUUACAAGAAGCCGGAAGGCGGCGGAGGGGAACGCGAAGAUCGCAAGAAGCUGCUGGCAGAGCAGAUGAAGACGAGGCCCUGUCAUUCGUGUGGACAGCUGGGGCAUUGGUCUCGUGAAUGCCCGCACGCGGCCAAUCCUGCGAAGCCGGCCCAGGCAGCGUUUGGGGCCCGCUCGUCCAAGGCGACCGGGGCAACGACACUGGUUCCUGUUCCGGAAAAGGAUGAAUGGGAGCUUCUUAUGUCGCUCUACAAAGGGGCCGACGUGUCGCAGCGAGGGGCCUUCGAUGAGGCGGCAUACAAGGGGGUGACGCAUAGGGUCUUCUCGGUGGAUUUGAACAUUAAGGAAGUUAUGUGGUCCCUCAAGGAGCUAGCUUUCAAGGUGAUCUUGGACUUAGGCUGCAUGAGGUCGGUCGCCGGGGUGCAGUGGGCCAAUACAGUAUUACGUCGUUGGCAUGCCGAAGGUCGUUGGUACCAUAUCGAGAAAGAGUGUGAGGCUUUCAAGUUUGGGGACGGGGAAGUGUUGCAGAGCAAGUUUCGGCUGUCCUUUGUCGGGAGUUUCGCAAGCAAGCCAGUGGUCUACAGCUUCAGCAUCGUAGAAGGACUUCCGUAUGCAGACAACAUUGGAUGCCAUGGCGGCACCCAGGCCGCAGAGCAACCUGCCGGUGAAAGGCAGGAGGACACCGCCGGCGGCAACGGGAUCCUCGAGUGCUACCCCGUUGUCCUUGGAGGCGACGGGCUUGACUGCGGACGAGGUGGAGAUGCUCGCCAGGCAGCGUCGAGGGCCAAGGUGCAGCAGACGCGAGCGCUGACGGGAGUGUACGCCGACUACCCCAGCCUCAGCAAUGCAUGGAGCUACGAGGUGGGGCUGAACACUGUGGCGUCGGUGGCCAGCCGCAUGAGAACGUACCUCUGGAAGAAGUUGCUGUGGCAGAUCCGGGUCAAGAGGGCCAUCGAGCAGGACGGGGACCGGAGGUGGAAAAGGAAUCCUCGUUGGCUGAGCCACCUCUUUGCCAAGGAGAUCGGCAGCUUGUGGGGACACUUCGGAGCGAUGCGCCAGAAGUUGAACAAUCCCGAGGCGGGCGUGAAACAGGCCCGCGGGGUGCUGGCGUUGACGGCCAUGGUGUGCAAAGAUGCCGCUCGCUGGCGGCUCCUCGAGGUCAUUGGGGAGUCUGGGGCCUUGGGUCUAUGUGCCGGAGAUCGCGACGGUUGGGAGCUAGUUCGCAGUCCCGAGUUGGAUGCCCCCGAUUGGCGUUCCCCGACAGCUGCUAAGGCCCUGCUGGCUUUGGUUCGGCGAGAGAAGCCGGAUCUGCUCGUCAUGGCCCCGAAUGCUGGACCCUGGGGCAGUUGGUCUCGACGGCGACUCGAAGAUGAUGAUCUUUGGGAGGAGCGCCGGCGAGACUUGCCAAUCUGGAAGCUGUGCCGAGACCUUUGGCAAGUGCAAAAUGAAGCCGGCCGUUUGGUGGUGUUGGUUCAGCCGGCUGGGUCCUCGGCUUUGGAGCUGAGCUACAUGCAGGAGCGGGACAGCGUUUGCCGAGCCACGGUGUGUUUGUGCGCUUUUGGGCUAUGCGACCCGGAGAACGGCACGUAUUACCAGCGGAAAAUCACCGCGGAUGUGAACUCCCCGGUGAUGGGUCAGUGGCUGAUGAAGCAAGGGUACUGUACCCACCCGUCGGCGGAGCACCAGGUGAUCCAGGGAAAGGCCAAGGUUGGUGAUGCACUGGUGGACCGUGCCCUCUGUGCUUUAGCAUGGCCAUGGCCGUGGUGCACCAGAGUGCUGGAAGCAGCGGAAGCCGCAUGGAGCUGUCCGGUGGCCGAGGAACCGUGGCAGCUUGCCCACGCCGCCUGUGGGACUGCUUGGGAAACUGCUCCGGUGAGCGCUUCUUCACUCCCUGAGGAGAACUUGAGGGCGGAGCUGGCCAAGCAGUCCAUGACGGGCGAGAGGUACGACUACGUGGUGUUCACCGGUGCCGAUCUGCAGCAGCCCCGUCGAUUACGUAGCAUGGUUGCCCAUUUACAUGUUACGAUGGGUCACUUGAGCAACGAGCGCCUGGCCCGCAUGUUGGCGAUCGGCGGGGCAGCUCCCGGUGUCGUGGCCCUUGCCAGGGGGCUACAAUGCCAGGUCUGCGCCAUGGUUCGACCGCCACAGGCGCAACCGCAAGUGGCUUAUCAGAAACCGAAGGCCUUUAAUGAAAGAUUGUCGGGGGACACGUUUUUCAUUUGGGAUGCCUCUGGCCAAAAGUUCGCCGUGACCCACUUCAUUGAUGGCCUCACUGACUACCACGUGGGGGACCUGACGGAUGUCCCGGACUCCACGUUUGCUCGGGAGGUGCUUCAGGAUGUUUGGUACGCCGUUUUCGGGCCACCCGAUCUACUCAUCACGGAUGGUGGCCCGGAGUUUGCCGGGUCCGUGCAGGUGAUGAACGACUUGUUCUCGGUGGUGCACGAGGUGGUCCCGGAAGGGGCCAAGUGGAGGCUGGGUCACGCCGAGAGGCACGGCGCCAUUGUGAAGUUGAUGAUGAUGAAGAUGGUCAAGGCCUUGAACCUCAAGGGUGCGGCCGAGAUGCGGCGAGCAGCGGCCUCAGCCUUCGCGGCCAAGAACCGCACUUUGAACAAAGGAGGAGUUUCUCCUCUUCAGGCAGUGACCGGGAGGAACUCCAUGGUUCCAGGGUCGCUGAUGGAGCAACUGGCCAGCAGCAAGAUGCGGUUCCGAUACAACGAGGCCGCCACCGAGAAGGAGGCUGUGGCACGAGCCGAGAGGAUUCGGAUAGGGGCCUUGGAGGCGUUCCACUGGCUGGAUGCAAGUGAUGCCCUUCGACGGGCCCUGGCCUCGCGAUCGCGGCCUCCGCACUUGGAGGCUCUCAAAGAAGGGGCGAUUGUGUAUCUGUACGAGCCACCGGCCUCACGGAAAGGCUUGGCUCGCAGGAUGCAAGACAAUGUGAGCUGGGUUGGCCCAGGCGUGGUUGUCUGUGUGGAAAGGGACAAGCCAGUUCCCCAACGCAUCUGGGUGAGAUUGCGAGGGCGUGUUAAGGCCUAUCCCUUGGAGAAGGUCCGGCUGGCCACCACCGAGGAGAUGGUCAGCGCCGACUAUGUCACGCAGGCCCUCGAGGAUGUGACAAAGGAGCUCGAGGGCGGCCAGCUACGCGUUGAGGAGGCGGCCCCUGUUCCGGAGGCCAAUCAAGAGCUGGCCGAGGCAGCAUCGUCUUCGUCUUCGUCCUCCGACUCCGAGCAAGCGGCUGAGGACCCGGAGGAGGCACGGGCUCGAGUCGAACGACAACGUCUCUUAGACGAUUUGCCCUUCUCAGUGAAGCGAACGUUUGUGGAACGCCAGCAGGCAGCUUUGGAGCCCGGACAGGAGCCUCAUAACUUGGAGUUUGCCAAGAAGCAGCGGCUCUUUGAGUCGUUGGCGAAGUCUUUUGAUCCGCCGUCCACCUUGCAAGAGGCAGAGCUGCGAAAACAAAUGGAGGACAGCUACCAGAAGGUGCGUCGUGUGCGAAAGGCCAUCCUGGCAAAGCCUGCUGGAAAGGCUGGACGAGCCCGUGGGCCACGUACGGCUGGGCGCCAAGCUGAACGAGUGGUGGCUGCCACCGAGGUGACCUCCUCUGUGGAGCCAGUGGUGGAGAUGCAAGUGAGCGAGACAGUGGACCUGCCCCCUCACUUCUUUGCCCCCGGCGAGCUCGACGCCUUGAUCAAUGACACGUUGGGCCAUUGGACGUUGUGGUCGGCGCCCUCUUCCCAGGCUGAGGUUCAUGCCCUGCAGCAAGUGAGUGCCAAGGUGAUUGCGAAUGAGAUGGACGGUGUCACUGAGGUUACCACGGGGAAGGCGCGCAUUGAGUACAAGUGGUCUGGCCUCACGGAGCAAUGGCGUGAGGCCUUUGUGGAGCCUUUGAAGAAGGCGGUUGGCGUGUACUUGGAGCACAACGGCGUAAAGGGAGUUCCUGAAGGACAGUUGGUGGAUCCGUCCCGGGUGCUCUCCUCGAGGCUUGUGCUCACGAACAAAGGAGGCGCGUCCUUGGAGGACGCGGAGUUGAAGGCCCGUUGGAUAUUUGGCGGGCACCGCGAUCCAGACGCGGGAUUAUACCCCACGUGCUCGCCGACGACCAGUGUGCUGGGCCACAACCUCUUGAACUUUGUGGCAGUGCAGCUGGGUUGGACGGUGCACUACGAGGUCACGAAGUUUCUGUUGGCAGGCCUCGGGGACAAUAUGCGGCCGGACCUCAUCGAGCUGACCAAGGCCGGGUUUAGACUGCCGGAGAGCCCGCGGCUAUGGUACUUGGAGUACCGAGACACGAUUGAGCGCCUCGGGCUGAAGGAGCUGACGCUGGUGCCCGGGCUGUUUCGCGCUUUCGACGAUGGGGGAAAUCUAUGCGCCAUGGCCAGCAUUCAUGUGGAUGACACCCGAUAUGCCGGUGAUGAGUCCAGCAGUGUCAUUUGGGAUCAGCUGCACGAGGUGCUCAAGUUUGGGAAGCUGCGCAAGGCCACCGAAGGGUGGCAAAAGUUCUGCGGUCGGUGGGAACGCCAGUGCCCGACUACGAUGGAGAUGGAGUACUCCAUGACAGAGUACACGCGCAGCAUUCCUAUGCCAAAGGUGCGGACAAAAGCAGUCAAGGAGGAUCGAUCUGAGCCCUUGGAGUCCUCAGAAAGAUCCUCGAGCACAUCGUCCAGGCCAUUGGAGUCCACAGAGAGAUCCACGAGCACACCGUCCAGGCCCUUGGAGUCCACAGAGAGAUCCACGAGCACACCGUCCAGGCCGUUGGAGUCUUUAGAGAGAUCCUUGAGCACACCGCCCAGGCCGUUGGAGUCCCUAGAGAGAUCCUUGAGCACACCGUCCAGGUCGGCGCCAGAAGCCGACGAUGUACUGGGAUACCUUGAGGACCAAGUCAGUCAGUCCGACGUAUCCGAUGAGCUCACGGAGGGGGACCGCAAGGUGAUCGGGUCCAUUGUGGGUCAGCUAAACUGGGCGGGGAGGCAGUGUCGUUACGACUUGUGCUACGUGGCUUCUCUGGUGCAGCAACUAGCAGGACGGGGUCGCCUUGAAGCACUCAAGUGGUUGGCACACGGCGUACGCAGGGCCCAGGAGGACGUGGUGGUCAAGGUACGCCGACUUGGCUGCAAUUUGGCCGAUGUGAUUUUGCUCUCGGUGAGUGAUGCAGCUUAUGGUGCCAUGCCGGGGGGCUCAAUUCAAGGGGGCAUCAUCGUCAUGUUGGCGUCACCUGAUGUCUUGGAGGGCCCCGCUCCUGUUUGUCUUUUGGAGGGCACCAGCAACAAGAUACAUCGUGUGGUUCGAUGCUCUAUGUCGGCGGAGGUGUCCAGCUUGGCGACGGCUUAUGAGCACGGCGACUAUGUCCGCGCAGUCUUUGCCGAGUUGGUGGACAGCCGCUUCGAGUUGCAGCGAUGGAAGGUGUGCGCCGCGAAGUAUGCCCACAUCUUGGUUACAGAUGCCCGCACCGGCUAUGAUGCUUUAAGUGCUGAGACUCUGCCUUCGGAUCGCAAGAUCGCGAUUGAUGUGGCGGUCCUUCGGCAGGGGCUUCUGGAGGUUGACAACAACAGUUUGGUUCGCUGGGUUCCUGGGGCUCACAUGCCGUGUGACGGGCUUACCAAGUGGAACCACAACAAAGCCCUCACCCAAGUGAUGGUGGCCGGAGAAUGGUCGCUCAAAGACACCGAAGAAGCUCGCGAACUCCGCAAGUUUGCUGCCGAAAAGAGAGCAGCGUGGCGCCGUGGUCAGAAGGCAACGGCUUCCACUUUUCAGCAGUCUUGA